AGCUAUUGAUUGGCCAAUUCCUUAAGUGGCGGAUGACAUAAAAAGAGUCCUUAAUAAGACACAUGCCAGUAAUUCCAGCGAGCUCUACAUCUCGUUACAACGCUCCCUCGCGGCUUUCUACGCAAAAGUAUUUCUCCGAGAACAGAAGCUUCUGCAUUGAGUCAAAAUGAGCCUCAGUCUCGCUCAAGUUGAAGACAGCAUCGUUUUCCAAACAGGCCAGGAAGUGAUGGCCAACAAUGGCGUUGUGUUGUUUGGGAUGAGUCCUGGAAAUCCCUACUUUAAAUCCCGUGUCAUCAAGGACUGUGUAGAAUAACUUGGAAAGGAAAAGAGAAGAAUAAUUGUGGUCGUGCCUCAGCAACCCGCAGAACACACGUACAGAGCUCUGGGAAGCAAGGAUGCUGUCAAACGAGCUAAGAAAAAUUCCAGUCAGCUCAAAUCACACUCCAGGAGAGCUAUUGAAAAGGUGGGCAGGUUUGAGGAAAUGGCCGGAGAAUUUUACAUGUUGGACUGGACGCGAGAGGUGGAUACACACGAAGCUUACAUAGAAGCUUUGGAGUUCGUCAUCAAGUUUUAUAAAAACAAUUCUGACUUCCGUCUCGAUGUAGCAAAAUCUACUGCCAAGGUCUUUGGCAAAGAUGUCACAUCUUCCGAUGAGCGUGAAUCAGAAUCCUCUGAAUCUGAGCUCGAAGAAGACGAAAACAUCCAAGAGGGUGUGUACUACUUGUUGAAAGAACUCGCUUUCAUAAUCUCCAGCAAAAAGAUCUUUAGGACAGACAACGUGGCUGUCAUUUAUCAUCGCAGCUGGCCUGUGUACGAGAAGUUUGUUAAUGGACAUUACGACGGGGAGGCUAAGAAAGGAUUGGGACUAGCCAUCAUAAAGUACAACUAGAUACUUGCUGAGACUAAAUAAUUGGGACGAAAGCUUUACAAGUUCGAUUUUGUAUAUGAAAAUAAAAGCCUCCUGCAAGAUAUCGUUAGGAAUUUGAACAGGAAACGUACUUUUCUGUAGUGAGUUCCAAAAACAUAUUACCUAUUAGCAAUGAGCUCAUUCAUUCCCUGAAAAUUGUAUCUUUGUAUUUAUUUAAAUUUAACUAAAACCGUAUGUAAGAGAGCUGAUCAAUAAAAUGGAAUCAAAAUCAUGAA